AUGGUGGAAGGAGAUUCGAACUCUCCCACGUGGAAGUUCACCCAGUGCUUUGGUGACAAGGGAGAUGUCGAGGAUAUUACAGAAGCCGACAUCAUAUCGACCGUCGAGUUUGAUCAUACCGGUAACUACUUAGCAACAGGAGACAAAGGUGGUCGAGUUGUUUUGUUCGAGAGAAACGAAACGAAAAAAACCUGCGAAUACAAGUUCCAUACCGAAUUCCAGUCGCAUGAACCCGAAUUCGAUUACCUCAAAUCCCUAGAGAUCGAAGAGAAGAUCAACAAGAUCAAAUGGUGUCGUCGUCAGAAUGCCUCUCAUUAUCUACUUUCGACCAACGACAAGACGAUCAAGCUGUGGAAGGUAUUUGAAAAGUCGUUGAAAGUAGUAGCCGAGAACAACCUAUCGCAAGACCUCACACCAGGCAAUGCUGUCGGUGUCGGAGGGGGCGCCCCGAGAUCUAAUCCUCUAUCCCACUUUCGAAACCCUGGGGAGUUGAGACUGCCACGUAUGACGCACCAUGAUACCGUUGUCGCCGCGGUUCCUCGACGCACAUACGCGAAUGCCCAUGCCUAUCACAUCAACAGCAUCUCGGUCAACAGCGAUGGAGAGACCUUCAUAAGUAGUGAUGAUCUGCGAAUCAACCUCUGGAACCUGAACAUCCAGGACCAGAGUUUCAACAUUGUUGACAUCAAGCCGGCAAAUAUGGAGGAGUUGACCGAGGUCAUUACCGCUGCCGAGUUUCACCCCAUCAGCUGCAACUGGUUUAUGUAUGCAAGCUCGAAGGGUACAAUUAAACUUGCAGAUAUGCGAGAAAGCGCUCUUUGUGACCAGCACGCGAAACUUUUCGAGCAAGAGGAAGAUCCAUCAUCAAGAUCGUUCUUCUCAGAGAUAAUUUCCUCGAUCUCCGACGUGCGUUUCUCACAUGACGGCAGAUAUAUUUUAUCUCGGGAUUAUCUCACGGUCAAAAUUUGGGACGUCAACAUGGAGCGUCAACCUGUCAAGACCAUACCAAUUCACGAGCAUCUGCGGCCCCGGCUCUGUGACACGUAUGAGAACGACAGCAUCUUCGACAAAUUCGAGGUGGUCUUUUCGGGCGACGCCAAGAAUGUUAUGACGGGUAGCUACAACAACAACUUUAUGAUUUAUCCAUCAGACCCUGAGAAGGAGAUCGAGGUUGUCCUACAAGCAGACAAAUCCGCUUUCAAGGCGAAGAAAGUAGGCAUCCCGACACCUAUCAACUCGGCGACGAGCCCCACAACGACCAACGGCGGUAAGAAAGGCGGGUCGCGUGCGGGUAGUCCAGCGGCAGGGGCAGGUCAGGGCCAAAGAAUGCGAAAAGAGACGGACGCAGAUCAGAUUGACUUCAACAAGAAGAUCCUACACAUGAGCUGGCAUCCUUUUGAGGACAGCAUCGCGAUUGCCGCGACGAAUAACUUAUUCGUCUUCUCAGCCCUGUAGGCGCGUGGCGGCACUCUUCCGGUAGUGGCCGGACAUUUCACAGCCAGCAUACCAGAUAUGCGGGAGGGAACCCGAACCGGAUCCGGGUAGUGAAAUGCGUCACAUGGCGGCCGACAGUCUCUUAGAUAGUUACACAUAGUCCUUUUGGACGUAGAUUACUAUUCGUAGUAUUUGUGGCUAGGGCUGCUGGUCUACUCAACGGAAGCGGACGCCUUAUAAAUGAGAAAAAAAAUACGUUGGGUUUACGACACAAACGAUGCAUACCGGGAGCUUGACUUUAUCCCAGGCCUAGUGCGCCCCAUUGGUGGUCGGGACUGUAGUAAGACGUUUGGAAGACUAGAAAGCAUGUCCAAUCGGCAAUGGCAUCCCCCGAGGAGUUGACUGUUCCCAAGCUGACAGACAUAGGGCCAAUAUCAUGGCAAUAGACUCUAUAAGGCAGAAUAAGAGGUCCUUUAAGACGAGACCCAAGGCAAAUGAAAUCUGAAGCAUAUAUAAGCAGUUGUGUCAAAGCCGCUUUUCAGUGAACAAGCUAUUAAUAGCUAUUAAGACUCGAUGCACCUAUAUCAUAAUCAUUGAUGUUAGUGAAGGGAGG